AAAAACCAUAAAACAAUUUUCUUCUCCCCCCACGUUGCCAUAAAAAACAUUCAAAAUUACGACGUAUCACCCACCCACACCCAAAGUCAAACAAAACCCGGCCAAUAUGGACAGUGGUUCCGGGCCGGGAUUUGACGAUGAACCACCGCCAGAGCCACGGGACGGUUGGCUGCUGGUGCGCAUCCACGUACCAGAGCUCAACGUCUACAAAUGCCUGCAAUUUCCCUCGGAUAAAUUGGUCUGGGAUGUCAAACAACAAGUAUUAGCCUCAUUACCAAAGGAACUUAAGGAGAGCUUUAAUUAUGGUCUCUUUUGUCCACCUUCAAAUGGCAAGGCGGGUAAAUUCCUUGAUGAGGAGCGACGUUUGGGUGACUAUCCAUUCAAUGGCCCAGUGGGCUAUUUGGAGCUGAAAUACAAACGUCGCGUUUACAAAAUGUUAAAUUUGGAUGAGCGCCAAUUGAAAGCUCUACAUACCCGUGCCAAUUUAAGACGUUUUUUAGAAUGCAUCAAUGGUGGUCAUGUGGAAAAAAUCGCCAAAAUGUGCGCCAAAGGGCUGGACCCUAACUUCCAUUGUCCCGAGAGUGGUGAAACGCCACUAACAGUGGCCACCGGUGCUAAAAAACCAAAUAAAUUGUUGAUCGCUUUGGUAAAUGGUGGGGCACUGCUUGACUAUCGUACCAAGGACGGGACAACGGCAUUGCAUAGGGCCGUGGAAAAAGAUUCUUUGGAGGCAGUGACUACUCUUUUGGAAUUGGGAGCAUCACCCAAUUAUAAAGAUGCCCGUGGCAUAACCCCAUUAUAUAUUUCCAUAACACGCAAAUGUGAUUCGAAAAUAACGGAAAGCCUAUUGCAUGAUCAUGCCACAUUGGGUACGCAAGAUAAUCAGGGUUGGAAUGAGGUCCAUCAGGCCUGUCGUCACGGUCUUGUCCAGCAUUUGGAACAUUUAUUGUUUUAUGGUGCGGACAUGGAUGGCCGUAAUGCUUCCGGUAAUACACCAUUGCAUGUAUGCGCUGUUAACAAUCAGGAGGCUUGUGCUAGAAUGCUUCUGUUUCGUGGCGCCCAACGUGGUGCGCUAAAUUAUGCCAAUCAAACUCCCUAUCAGGUUGCUGUCAUUGCCGGUAAUUUGGAAUUAGCCGAAAUAAUACAAAAUUAUAAAUCAGAAGAUGUUGUACCCUUUCGCGGACCACCACGUUACAAUCCCAAACGUCGUUCCGGUAUGGGUUGGCUCAGUGCCAAUGGUAGCAUUGGCGGUGGUAGUAGCCUAAUGGGUACAUUGACACGCAACAGCAGUACAUGUGGUCAUCAUGGACCACCAUCACCGUGUCCAUCUGAGCAUUUGCCAUAUAGUUCAGCCAGUUCGAGUUUAUCCGAAGGUUCAUCCGGUCAUCGUUCUCAUGAGGAUGAUAUCAGCAUUGUAACAGAUAAAUCAUUGGGCGAUACCAGCGACAUUAUUAGCGAUUCUUCCGGCGUUGGUACCAAUUCCGAUUCUGCAGCCUGCUCAAUUGGUCACCCUAGCACAACGGUGGUUUGCAUGGAACCCUAUGCUGGCAAUUCAGUUGGUCAUAUACGCCUGCAGGUUGGCGAUGUUAUUGAAGUUGUGGGUUCCACCGAUUGUGGUCUGUUGGAGGGCUAUGUUCGUGGUACCAAUCAGUCGGGUUUCUUUCCAGCUGAAUGUGUACAAGAGGUUAAUUUACGGCAAAAGAAUAUAACCAAUGUUGCUACAGCGAAUCCAAAUCACUCGCCCUAUCAACAUUCGCCAGCAGCAUCGUCUGUUCACCAGGGUUCACCACAAUUGAGUCUGGGUGGCAGUUCAGGAAUUGGUGGUAUGAGUAGUACGGGCGGUACGCUGCCACGUCCCUCGCUAAUACAUCAAUCGCCAUCGUUGUCGGUGAAUAGUAAUGGUUCGACACAUGCUUUGAAUGGUGGUGGCGGUGGUGGAUCCACUGAGAAUUACGGGUCAAUGAAAUUGACAGGAAAUGGAAAUAUUGCCGGUCAGCAACAACAAAAUCAGCAAUACAGCAGUGCUACAGCACCCAGAGUCAAGAAAAAUGCUUUCAACGAACCCCGGACUGUGGUCUUGCACAGAGCCAAGCGUGGUUUCGGUUUUAUUUUGCGCGGUGCCAAAGCUUCUUCCCAACUUAUGCAAUUGAAGCCAUCUGAUCGCUUUCCAGCUCUCCAAUAUCUGGACGAUGUUGACCCAGGAGGUGUGGCCGACAUGGCUGGCCUAAAACCAGGUGAUUUUCUCUUGGCCAUCAAUGGAGAAGAUGUUCGAGCUGCAUCCCACGAGAAAGUAGUUGAAAUGAUAAGAUCAGCCGGAGCUUUGGUCUCGAUGACGGUUAUAUCGCCACAAUUCCCUAAUCAAAUGCAAGCCACUCCACAAUAUAUGCCCAGUCAUCAUUUGUCAUCGGGUCCCAGCACUCCGCAAACCUCGCAUCGACAGUGUGCUACUUUGCCACGUAAAAUGUCGUUGGGGCCAAAUGCUGCUGCUGCCGCGGCAGAACGCCAGGGAAGACCUGCACCGUUGCCACCACGCAGAGAUCCUAAAACCACAUUGUCAGUGGGCCGAGCUAGAGCUAAGUCAAUGGUGGCCGGUUUGGAGAAUGGCGGCGAGAAAGAAGACGAUGAUAUCCAUCACACGAAGUCAUCUUCAGUGGAAUCGAUUGUGACACCGACACCCACACAUCCUGGCACCCCGGUGCAAUUACGCACCGCCAGCAUUAAGGCCAGGCCCACAUCGAGUCGCAUUACAGCCGCCGAACUUGAGGAACUGUUCCAACGUCAACAGGGCGAAGCUGUUGACAGUGCAAAUCGUUACUCCACCAUGAUGACCACUUCACGUUUCCAAUCGGGUACAGACAGUGGAGCCGCCACACCACCAGCCAAUACCAAUUCCCCCCUUAAGGGUCCCAUGGUGUAUGGCAGCGUGGCAGAGAUGAAGCGUAAAACCAAAUCCAAAAAUGGCACAUUACGUGGCAAGCCAUGUGCCAUACCAACAGUGGGCGCUGGAAGCCGUGAUCUGAAAAGAUUCCAUUCGACACCAGAUCUUAAUAUUAAUGCCGGUGGUUCGUCUUCUUCGAUCUGGACAGCUGGAGUGGCCAAGGGUCAUUUGUCGCAAGACGAUGUGGCCACACUACAUGCCUCGAUGUUACGCCUGAAUGCAUUGCCGCCACCAAAUCAUCCACCACCACCGCCACCCGUAGUGGGUCAGGUGGUAAAGGUGGAGACACGACAAAGUUCGGAAUAUGAAAGUACUCUGUCACUGCAGCAGAAACUAAAGAAACGUGUUGAAAAUGAUGCCGUAACUGCGGCCGCAGUUGAUGGUAUUCAAUCGAGUUUUAAACCUUCGGCAAGUGCAAAGAUCUAUGCUUCACCACAGGAGUUAAUCGCAUGGAAGUUAAGGCAAACUCAAGAGAAUCGCCAACAGAACAGCAAUCAACAACAAAACUCGAAUCAAUCUGGUAUUUAUGCACCAACAAAUGUUGCUGUCCCAGCCGUAUCCCAACAGCAAGCACAAAUUAGUCAAUAUGCUCAACCAACGGCAUUGGCGCAAGCCUCUGCAGCCGGCGCCAGCACAACCUCUUCUUCUAAUGUCACAGUCACCACCACCAAUAACACCUCAACGCAUUAUGCCGCUCCACCCAGCCAAAAUGGUGGCAUAAUUCACAAUCAAGUCAAUAACAACAACAACAAUAAUAGUAUUGUGGCAAAUCUACCGACUGGACCUGCACCACCGAUACCCGAACCCGACUAUAGUCUCAGUGAAUCGGAUGGUGAGGAUGAAAAUUCAAUUUUGGUAGCCCGAAAUACGAAGCUAAAUGAGAAGAUUGCUCUCAUUGAUGUACCCGAAACAAGUGGAAAUAGUCAAGCAAGUGGCAGCAGUUCAGCAUCUGGUUCUGCAUCCAUUUCACAUUCCCUAUCCGUGGAGGAGAUACAACGUAUUCGCAGUAAUUUGAAACAAUCCAAAUCGUCGCCAAAUGGAUUUGAUAAAAACGAUGAGAAUCAGCCAGCCUCCGCCAAUGAAACAAAUCAGCAACAGCAACAGCAACAACAGCCGCAACCAGCAGCACCAGCUACAGCCAAAAAUGAUAAUGAUGUUGAAAACCUCAACAACAACAAUAAUAAUAAUAACGAAGAAGAAGGAGAUAGUAAUAGUUCAUCGGGUGUUAGCAGUGAUCAAGAAGUAUUGGCGGCUGGGGCCUUGGCCCAUAUUGGACCCAAAUCAACCGAUACCAUUAAGAAAAAACCCACGGUCACAAUCAAUGAAGAGGCCAAAACAAUACCCGAUACAACAAAUAAGGAAAAGGAUGAAGUGGACUCCUCCGCCAAACUGCCAAAAACAACUGCAACACCAGCAGUUGCAACCGCAACCACCACAGCAACAAUUACUGCUGCGGCUACCCCCGCCACGGCAACCACAACAAGUGCAGCUGUACCAAAAACGCCACCACCCACACAAAGUAAACCCAGCAACAUGCAACAGUUGGAGAAGACUGCAAAAUCGACACCACCGCUACAACACAAAACACUACAACCUGUGGCAAUAACCACAGCUGCCAGCAUCGAUAAGCUACCGACAAGCAGCGGCAUCAGCGUCAGCCUGACAAGCAGUAACGCCGCCACCACCACCGCUAUUUCAACAACAAAUGUGGCCAAUGCCAAGGCCGCCUUUGAGGCCAAGGCCAUUACCUCGUCCCACGUUCCUGUUUCAGCUACACCAAACAUUCCAACCACGGUCACCGUUAAACAAAUGGUUCAGCAACAGCACGCCCCAGUCAUACAGCAACAACAACAGCAAAUGUCCGCAACCAAAGUCAAAACCAUUGUCGUUCAGAGUCAACAGGUGGCGGCCAAAAGUCAAGCCUCGGUGGCUGGACGUUUAGCUCAACCCCAUAUGAAUCCCAAUCAAAAGCUGUUGGCCACACAGCAACAAAUUCUCCUGCAACAACAACAGCAACAACAACAAAUGGCCCAUCAACAACAUUUACAGCAGAUCCUCAAGGCGAAGGCGGCAGCCGCUGGAGCGGCAGCCAAUACGGCGGCCAUUGUUGCCAAACAGCAACAACAAAUGGCCAAACAAUCCAGUAUACUCUCCUCGCAAGAGUCCCAAGAGGAACAGCGUUCCGAUGAUGAUGGUGAAUUGAGUCCUUCGCCGCCGGCCAAGGCCUUCCAAAGACACAAUUCGCUAACACGCAAACAGGCGGCCGCUAUUGCUAUGCAACGUGCCACCCGGUCGGCGGCCGUUUCGCUGGUUCAGUUGCCACCACCCAUUGAGGCCGAUAGUGAUUCUGAAAUGUCGAUGACCAUGUCGAAUUCAAAAUCUACCAUUGUUGGUGGCAGUGCUGUCGCGUCUGCGGUGUCACGUCCCGAACCGGACGGUGGCCUGGUAACAGAGAAUAUUGUGCUGGCACCACCGCCGCAAUUUUGCGAUUGCAAUGACAUUAAGCACACAGCACCGCAGAUGCAGCAACCACUGCCGCAACAACAGCCUCCACCCCAACAGCAACCACAGCAGCAACAUCCACAACACCACCAGCAACAGCAGCAGCAACAACAACAGCAUAUGUUAUUGCAGCUGCAACAACAGCAACGCUUACACUUGGCACAGCAACAACAACAGCAGCAGCAACAGCAGCAACAAUUACAAUACCAACAAUAUCAACAGCAUUUGCAGCAACAACAUCAGCACCAUCAACAACAGUUGGCUGCCAUGCAGCAGCAGCUGCAAAUGCACCCGCACAUGAUGUCGUCCAUGCAUCAUCAUGUGGUGGCGGCACAAAAUGCUGGUAAUGUUGCUACUGCUGCUCCUGCUGCCGCCGGUGCCGGCAAUAUGGGCACACUGGGUCGUGUACGUAUUGUCGGGACUCCCAAGAGCAAUAAUCAUCAUCGUUUGCAUUAA